GUGUGGCUGGUGCGACUGCCGGGGAAGCUUUAGUCCGCCCUCGGUGAGCGGACUGCUCACCGAGAAUGUCGACGCCCAUAAUGCUCAUCGUUCGAUUUCGGGCCCGCCAUCAAUUGAUGAUUGACAAGUAGGCCAGGCUUUGUGUAACAGUUAUGUCUUUAUCCAGAACUCUUGCCAGGCCUCCGCGCUCUCUUUUAGUACGAUCAACACCAAGUCUUUACAAGUCAUGUGUUCGCACCAUCGCCACGGCUCAAGCCUCAGUCUCAACGUCUGGGUCUCCCAAGAAACUCAAAGCACUCACCCAGGAGCAACGUGAUUAUCUCGACUCAGCUCUUCGUGUCAAUCAAGCUGGUGAACUCGCUGCAGUCCUCAUUUAUGCUGCCCAGUCACCCAUCCUUCUCCGAUCAAAGCCUCAUCUCCGCAAGCUGAUGACGCAUAUGUAUGAUCAAGAAGACGGUCACUUUAAGACCUUUAAUGGCCUCAUUCACAAGCAUCGCAUUCGCCCUACUGCCCUGUACCCUUUGUGGUCCGUCAUGGCUACUGGCCUAGGCUGGUCUACUGCUAUGCUCGGUUACGAAGCUGCUAUGGCUUGUACCGAGGCUGUCGAGACAGAGAUUGGUGGCCACUACAACGAACAAAUUCGGACAUUGUUGGAAAUGGUUACGCAGUGGGAAGCCGAGGGUUACGAAGUCGGCGAGGAGUUAUCAGAUCUUGUCAAGACCCUCAGAGUGAUACGAGACGAGGAACUGGAGCAUCUCGAUCAUGCUGUAGAGCAUGAUGCACAAAAGGCAGAACCUCACUGGCUUCUCACUGGCGUCAUCCGCGCAGGCUGCCGAGGUGCUAUCUGGGUAAGCGAAAAAGUUUGAAGCCUCAAAUCAGAUGUAUUAUAAUUGUAAUAUAGGCCUACGCGAGGCUCCUUGGACAAACAUGUAUGAAUAAGAACUAGGAGAUAGAAAGAAACAUGCGCGUGUGAGAGAGGAUGGACGCGCUUGUCGAAUGCUUCCCAUGAAUAAAGUGCAAAACUACCUGAUCAAACUCCUUGCCAUGCCUUGUGCAAAGUUAGAGUCAGAAUACACCAUCUCGAGGAGAGCAGGAUCAAGGGCAGGUUUAGUUACUUCAUUUUGUUAGUAUUCUGCCGUCCAUUCGAAGAGCUGGACUUACUAAAUUGCCAAGGGGGCGACGCCAUCG